UGGUGAGAAGACAGAUAAGAAGAUAGACUGUACCCCCCCGCCACAUGUCUCAGGCAAAUUUGGCAAUGGUCUCCGAGUUUCCUCCGUGUCCUCUCUCUCCUCCUAUAUAUCUUCUUCUAACUUCAUCACAUUUUCUCUCACUAAGAUUUUGAUUUGCAUAUAUAGCCACACGCACACAGAGAGAUUGUAUUGGAAGCUCCUAAAUCUAUCUAUCUUAGACCAAUGAAAGGUGAUACUGUUGUUGAAGAUGGGUUCAUGUGCGAAGAAGAGACCCAUCUCACUGUUCUCAAGACCUCUCUCUUCUUCGCCGGCGAUGGAUUCACCGUCUACGAUUCCAAAGGUGAGCUCGUCUUCCGAGUUGACUCCUAUGGACCCGAUAAUGAGGUAAUACUCAUGGACGCCUCCGGCCGCUGCCUCCUCACCGUCCGCCGAAAGUGGCCGAGUCUGCAUCAUCGGUGGGAAGGGUUUUUGGGAGAGAAGACGGAGGGUCAGCAACCGAUCUUCAGUGUGCGGAGAUCGUCGGUCGUGGGACGGUCGAGCAUGACGGUAGAGGUGUUCGGAGAUGCAGGUGAGGAGUACCAGAUAGAAGGAUCUUUCUGUCAGCGCAGCUGCACCAUCUUCAGUGCGGCUAAGGAAUCAAAGGCUGAGAUCAGACGCAAAGUGGAUGCUUCGGCCCACGUGAUGCUUGGGAAGGACGUCUUCUCUCUGUGCCUCAAACCGGGUUUUGAUAGUGCCUUCGCCAUGGGAUUGGUGCUAGUCCUUGAUCAAAUCUACGGUGGUAGUGAUUGGGCUGAUGAAGGUAGGGUCGAGGUGGACCCCACCACAGUGGAAUCCGAAUGCAGGGUCGAGGUGGACCCCACCACAGUGGAGUCCGAAGGCAGGGUCGAGGUGGACCCCACUAUUGUGGAAUCCGAAUCAACAUUGAUUUGAAUGUCGUAUGAUUUUGCAUAUAGUAGUUGUAGUAGUAUUAUUACUACAAGAACCACUUUAGAUCAGUGGUAAUGUAAUGGGAGGAACAACGUUGUCUUGAUCCUUGGUACUUUUUUUUUUUCAAAAGUCUAUAACGAAAACAAGGUGCUAGGUUUGAGCUAGGCUAGCGGCCAAACUCAUGUCCAAACUUGGUUUGUUCUCGAGUGACGAAGAUCCAUUAGAAAAAUUAACUACUAACAAUCAGGUGUGUUUAUGUUUA